AUGGCAAGUUGUGCUGCUAUCACCAAUAUCCGUGCCAAUAAUAAUAAUAAGAAUAAUAAUAUGAAUAAUACCGUGGAUAAUAGCCAUCGAUUACCUGUGGAGGUAUGGCACUUAAUUUUUCAGUACUUGGAUGUUCUCGAUUUAUGCCGCUGUUGUCAAGUGUGUAAUCAAUGGAAUCAACUCAUUUGUGGCAAUGAUCGAACUUACUGGCAACGAUUAUAUCUUCAUAAUCGUCACCAUAUUCAUCCGAAUUGGCCUAAUGAUAGUGAUAAAGACAUUGUGUCAUGGAUGAAAGCGAUUAAACAUAAUUACUUGGUUCAACACUUUUGGUCUAGAUUAGGUGAUGAAAAUUCUCUACUUGCCAACUUAUUCCGCAAUCGUAAACGUGGCUUGGCAUUACCACGUUUUAAUACUGUUACCGUUGGUCGUGGCCAAGAUUACGACCAAUUAGUAGUUGCCUUAACCAGCAUCCCUAGUCAUGAAUUUAUUCGUAUCAUCGUCUAUCCUGGACGCUAUCAAGGUAAUCUUGUUACCAUUAAACGAACUGCUCCUCUCGAAAUAAUUGGCCAUGGCGAUAGAAAGGAUAUUAUAAUUGACAUACCACUGAUUCAGCAGGGUUUCAAUAUGCGAUGUGAAAAUGUCACAUUCAAAUGUGAUGAUGGCUAUAACCGACGAAUCGAGGUCACGUCUGGUCAUUUACAGAUGGAUAUAUGUUUAAUUGAUUGUUUUGCUAUUACCAUCCAUUUCCCCGGUAGCGGCCAUAUACGCUAUUGUGAAUUAAUUGGUUAUUCCUAUAUUUGGCUCUAUGAUGCCGAUAUUGGUCUGAUUGAACAUUGUAAAUUUGUGAACACUUCAGAGUCUAUUUUCGUCGCGGGAUGGGAUCGAAUCGAUAAUCGCAAAUUUCGAUCGAUCCAUUUUACUAAACAUUGGUAUGAGUUUGUUGUAGUUGAUAAUAAGUGUCCGAAUUCAUGGGAUAAGAAAGAAUCCACGAGUAGUUUACAUAAUGAGAACGACGCCAACAUAUCCAAUAGUAAUAGCAGCUUAUCAAAUGAAUAUAACGUCAUUGCUGACAAAGCUAAAACUAUAUCGAAUUUAGUACAUGGACUUGUUUCAACCGACGAUUUGAAUAGCAUCCAUAAUAGCAUCAGCCAUGGAUCUAAUUGUAGCAAUAAUGAAGAUCCUAACCCUCGACAAUCUAGCAAUCUUGAAGAAAGUGCUCCUUCUUGCAAUGUAGAAUGCACCGAUAUAGAAUGUAAUAAUAUGGAAAGUACAUCGGUUAGAUCUGUACGAACUGAUGAAAGUUGUAAUGAUAGCGAUGCGUUGUAUCAAAAUUUUCAUUUAAUGAGCGAUCAAGAUAACGAUUCACGUUACGGUAGAGAUGAUAACAUAUCAAGAAUGGAUCGUCAAAUGUACGACAUGAAUUAUUUGGAUGUCGAUGUAGGUGAUUUAGCCGAAAUUUUAUCGCAUGAAUAUCUAGAAUCUCCUACUAAUCAACCUGAUGAUAACACCAGUAUAACUGAUGUCCUUAAUGCUAGUAGUAAAUCGUUGAAUCAAUUACUUGCUAAGCAUACAAAACCGCCUCAACCUAAAUCGAAAGAGUUAGUGGAAGAAAACCUUAAUGAAACCAAAGCAGUCAUUAUAAGAAAUUGUUGUUUUAUCAACUGUGAAGCGGUUAUAUCAAUGCGUUCGCAUGCUACAGUGAGCGUUGUAAACAAUAUGAUGUCAUCAAUAUCGCGUGGAGUACGCUGUGUGGGUGAAUCUAGUUUAUAUAUGAUUGAUAAUUUCAUUACCGACUGCCAUCUAUCUGGUGUUUAUAUUCGAGAGAAAUCUACCGGUUUAAUCGAUCGUAAUAUAUUCAUCGGUGUCGGCGAAGCAGCAAUUGAUAUCAGAAGUGAAGCAAAUCCAACGGUCCAGCGCAAUGUAAUUGAAGAUGGCUUAAGGUCUGGAAUUGUGAUUAUGGAGUACGGGCAGGGCAAAAUAUUAUCUAAUCUUAUAGUCAGAAAUAGAGAAUCUGGUAUUCAUAUUUUAAUUAAUGGCAAGACUAUUAUCUGCAAUAAUUUAAUAACUGAAAAUGGCGCUGGUGGUAUAACUGUUGGUGACUCAGGAAAUGGUUUUAUUAUUGGCAAUACGAUUAAAGAAAGUCAUUGGGCAGGUAUCGAUGUGUGCAAUGGAGCAAAACCUUACAUAGCUAGGAAUGAAAUUAUAGACGGCGCAUCCGUUGGUAUUAUCCUUGGAGAUAAUAGUGGUGGAAAGAUAGAAUUCAACAAAAUUUCGGGUAACAAUGGAGUUGGUAUUAGCGUCAGCUUAACGUCAAGUUCAGUAAUACAAUGGAAUACAAUUUGCGAUAAUACUUUCCAUGGUGCAUUGCUAUCAUCAGGAAAUCACAAUUAUCAUAUCUAUGAUGAAAUUGAUAAUUACAAUGAACCCGAUCAAAGUUUAAUAUCGUACAACUCCAAGCUGAUAUUUAACGUCUUUUGUCGUAACAAGAAAUUUGGAAUUUGCAUCGAUGGUUAUAAAGUAGCAUUCUUAAAAGGAAAUAGCAUUUUUGGCAAUACGGAAGGAGGUUUGAUUGUAUCAAAUACGUACGAUGCAAAAAUUAUCGAAAACGAUAUCUCAGCUAAUGGUGGAUAUGGAGUAGUAAUCAGUAGUGACGGUAAAGCUACUCUUGAUGGCAAUGGAAUCUAUGACAAUCAGGACUGCUGUGUUAAAAUUGAUGGACAUUGUGCAUUGAAGAAUAACGAUCUCUGCUGUAAUAUUAACAGUACUAUUAUAGUAGGCGCGACGGCAACGUCAUAUAUUAGUAAUAACCGGAUAUUUUCUAACGGAUCAUAUGGUCUGUUUCUACAAGAAGGGUCACAAUCUUUAAUUGAAGAUAAUAAGAUUUACUAUUGUAAUAAUGCAGCUGUACAUAAGCAUGAAAAUUGUAUAGCCACUCUGCAAAACAACUGCUGUUCGUUACAUCCACCAUCAACAUCGAUAAAUCCUUCUGUUCCUUGGGCGGAUGAUACUAAUACUGGACUAAGACCUUUGAUUACUACGCCAUUACAAGCACCUAAAAUUUCACUACCUUCGUUACGUGCUGAAUCAUCUCCUAAAGGCUGUAAUUGUGGACAGCCUAGUCAAGUAUGCAAUAUUUUGUAA